AUGGACAACAGACGCGACCCAUUCUACCUCACCACCGACGAGCACAGCAACAACAAUGACCAGCCCCCGUACCCGCCCAAUAUGGCCUUCACUCCCGGCCCCCCUCCAGCCAUCCAGCCUCCCCAACCGUAUACCCCCGACGAAGAACCUCUCUAUGUCAACGCGAAACAGUACUUCCGCAUUCUAAAGCGGCGUGUCGCACGCGCGCGAUUGGAAGAGGUUCAUCGUCUGUCCAAACAACGGAAGCCUUAUCUACACGAAUCUCGCCACAAGCAUGCCAUGCGUCGACCCCGAGGGCCCGGCGGGCGAUUCCUGACCGCCGAGGAGAUAGCUGCGCGCGAUGCAGCGGCGCGGGACAAUCCAUCCAACGAGGACGAAGGCACGAACGCAGGUGACGACAAUGAAGGGUCUGAAGCGGGUGCGCACUCCGCGACGACCAAGAAGGGUCCCUCCAGUUCCUCGGAAUCUGCACCAGCAUCCAAGAGUAGUCCCCCAUCCAAUAGUCGGAAGCGCAAGGCCUCUGCGUCAGCCGCCACUCGCCCAAAACGCGCUGCACCUUCAGCGACCACUGUCACCUCUCCUGCGACUCUGGUCUCUGAUGAUGGCGUCACGAGUGAAUCGCCCACGGCUUUCAAUCCCUUCCCCGAGUCCAGCGAGAUGUACCAGCCGUUUUCGCAAGCCGGGUCCAGCUAUCAACAAACCGGGCCGGGAUACGAGACCAACUUCAUGAAUUAUGCCCAAUACUCUCGCGGUAGCGUGGAGGGCCGUUCAGCCGCGCCUGAGGGAACGCAGCCCACCCCCCUUCAGCGUCGACCAAGUUCUGGCCAUGCCGCCAUUCAUAUACCUAUGUGGCCAUCGUCGUUUCAGGGCGGUGAGCCUGUGACUUCUGCAUUCGGCGCACACUCCGGUGGACAGGAUUCCAGCUUCAUGCACAGCGCUACGCAUGCAGACUACGAGGGCGGCAGCGGCGCAGAUUUCCAUCGCCGUCACUUAGCACGCAUAUCCGACAUGUCAUCUCCUGUCAUGAGUGACGCGCCUCGCAAUACCGUCCCAAACAUAUCUCGUGCCCACCGAACAUCUCUACCCGCCGUGUCCAUUCCCAGCUUGUACACGCCCACCGCGCAUAUGUCACCCAUCAGCGCCUCCGCUGGCAGCUCAGGUAUUUCCGCCCCAAGCCCUCGCAUGUCGCAUGCAUCUAGCCCAAUGCCCCCACCGUCGUCACUCGCCGCUCCCUCCGAAGGAUCUCCUAUGGACUCACCCUCGCCCAUAGAAGGCGGCCUCGUCAUGCCAUCCGACAAUACCGGUGCAGGACUGAUUCAUCCGCCUACGAUGAACGCGGGACAGUCGCCGAUGCUCGGCGCCAGCCAGUCGCCCCUCGUACGUUCGUCGCCCAUGGGAUCACCGCACGCUCUGAACCCAUUGCGCUCGCCGACGACUCAGAUCGGCAAUCCAAUGAACGCGCUUAACAUGAGUUCGCAGGGCGGUAUCAUGGGCCCUGGGAGUCUAGGACAACCAUCUCCGCCCUUGAGUACUCAUUCCAUGCAAUCGCCGCUCAGCGCCCCGUCGCCUAUGUCGCCUUUCCAGAACCAGCAGAUGCGCCCACCCCAGCAACAAAUGCACCACGUUCCACAUCCACACGCCCAUGCACGACAGCACGCACGAUUCGGAUAUCGAUGA